AAGUCAGAGUAUCGGAAAAUUCUGUUCUGCGUUGAGCGAGCCAAAUACGAUGGCUUGGAGCACUUCUGGAUCGAUAAAUGCUGUGUCGACAAGACAAAUGCCGCUGAACUCACCGAGUCGAUCAACUCCAUGUUCCGCUGGUAUCAGAACGCCGUGAAAUGCUAUGUUCACCUUCCAGAUGUGCUUUAUGACUGGCGCUAA